CAUACUGGUUGGGUGCGUGCAGUCGACGUUGAGCCUCAGAAUCAAUGGUUUGCUAGUGGCGGAGGUGAUCGUAUCAUCAAGAUAUGGGAUUUAGCGUCAGGAAAACUUCGGUUGUCUUUAACCGGUCAUAUCAGUUCGGUACGAGCGGUGAAAGUGUCUCCGAGACAUCCGUUCUUGUUUUCUGGAGGUGAAGAUAAACAGGUCAAAUGUUGGGAUCUUGAAUAUAAUAAGGUUAUCCGUCAUUAUCACGGGCAUUUGAGUGCUGUGCAAGCUCUAUCUAUUCAUCCAACAUUAGAUGUAUUGAUAUCAUGUGCCAGAGAUUCUACUGCAAGAGUGUGGGAUAUGCGAACUAAAGCGCAGGUGCACUGCUUGAGUGGCCAUACUAACACUGUGUCUGAUGUAGUAACCCAGGCGCCUGAGCCACAGGUCAUAACCUCUUCCCACGACUCAACAGUGCGUCUGUGGGAUCUUGCCGCAGGACGUUCUCUAUGUACUCUUACGCAUCACAAGAAAUCUGUUCGAGCCUUGGUGUUACAUCCCAGAUUGUACAUGUUUGCAUCGGCUUCUCCUGAUAACAUUAAACAGUGGAAGUUUCCCAGAGGAGAGUUCAUGCAGAAUCUCUCUGGACAUAAUGCAAUAGUUAAUUCAUUGGUUUGCAACGAGGACGGUGUUCUUGUAUCUGGAGGCGACAACGGAUCCAUAUGUUUCUGGGAUUGGCGUUCAGGUUUUUGCUUUCAGAAAAUACAAACAAAGCCGCAACCGGGAUCCAUCGAUUCUGAGGCUGGUAUAUAUGCGAUGUGUUAUGAUAAAACAGGCUUACGUCUUAUCACUGGAGAAGCAGAUAAAACCAUCAAAAUGUACAAAGAGGAUGAAGAGGCGACAGAAGAAACACAUCCCAUCGUAUGGCGGCCUGAAAUUGUCAAAAAGAAAAUUUAUUGA